AUGGGGUGUUGUGGCCAGUCGGAUGAUAAUGAUGCCGUGAAAAAACGCCGUAUUGCGGGUCCUAUACGCAAUAGAUCAUGUACGGACAUUCCUUGUUGUAUAGUAUUCGCCAUUUUCAUUGUUGGCUUUCUUAUUGUUACUUUAUGGAGUUUCGCUAUGGGAGAUUAUAAACGUGUUGUUUAUCCAACCAAUUCACAGGGACAGAUAUGUGGUCGUGAUGUUGUUGGUAAACCUUACCUCUUCUUCUUCGACUUGCAAAGUUGUCUCAAAUUGGGUCCGGCUUUAGUUGCUACAGGAUGUCCAACACCUCAGGUCUGUGUAGAAUCAUGUCCAGAGUAUUAUUGGUCUUGGCGAGUAUCCUCCGGUCAGCAGUUGUCUCAGGCUUCUAGAAAUUCAAUGAUAUGCUUAGAUGGUGUCAACGCAAAUGAUCCGAAAUUUUCCAGUCAGAGCAUCGAUCAAUUGGUACAGGAUAAGAAAUGUGCUCCAUAUGUAUAUCAUUCCAAACCAAUACUCGGUCGAUGUAUGCCUAGCCAACUAGAUCGAUUAAUGGCUAACGGUACUGGUCAAGUUCGUGAUGAAAGUGGUAAACAUAUACCCUUAUUAAAUGCAAAUAACCAAGAGGUGAAUGGUGUAGAUAUGGUUAAAAGUCGAAAAUUAGUUAUGGAACUGGUGACAGUUUUUGAGAAAAUUGUUGCAGAUCUUCGUCAAACUUGGCAUGUUAUAGUGACAUGCAUUCUGAUAUCUGUAGUUUUAUCGUUCUGUUGGAUUGUUCUAUUGCGAUAUUGUGCAACUGUUAUGGUUUGGACUACUUUAGCCUUAUUUGUGGCUUUAUUCACUUUUGGCACUGGAUUCUGUUUCUAUCGAUGGAAUGUAUUACGUAAAACUCCCGAUGGUUCUGCUGAUUUUGAGUUCUCCUUAGAUCUAGCCUCUUACUUCCGUUUAGCGUCGACAUGGCUUGCCUUAGGAAUCGUUUCUGUUAUCCUUUUGUUCAUCAUUAUAUGUAUACUAAUAUUCUUACGUAAUCGUAUUCGUGUGGCUAUUGCAAUAUUGAAUGAGACUAGCAAAGCAGUUGCAUCUAUGACAACUGUUUUACUUUGGCCAUUAUUACCAUUCAUCUUAGAAAUGCUUGUCAUUGCUCAAGUAUUGUUUGUAGCGCUUUCUUUGCGUACAAUAGCUGAUCCUAUUGGCACAAAAGUUGUCGAUAAUGAUUCGACCUCAGAUUUUCGACCCGAAGAUAAGGCUAGAAAAGAUAUCAAGGAACUGUUUCAACUGAUUCCAUGCGAUCCCCUGCAAAACAAUUCUGCUGGCAAAGCUUGUCGUUUCCUAUAUUACGGAGAUCGAAAGUAUACUAUCUAUCUGCAACUAUUCAAUUUAUUCAUGUUCUUUUGGUUAGUCAAUUUUGUCAGAUCACUUACACAAAUGACUUUAGCUGGAACGUUUGCUGAAUACUACUUUUCACGUGCUGAUCAAAAGUCAAUGUCAAAGUGUCCACUACUGAGAAGUUUUUUUCGAUCAGCCUUUUAUCAUAUUGGUUCAUUAGCAUUUGGUUCCUUUUUAAUCGCUCUAUUACAAUGGCUUCGUGCUAUACUGGAAUAUAUCAGUACAAAAUUGAAAAAAUCAGAUAAUCCUGUUGCAAAAUUCUUCUUGAAAUGUUUGUGUUGUUGUUUUUGGCUGUUAGAAACAUUUCUAAAAUUUCUUAAUCGGAAUGCUUUCAUUAUGAUUGCCAUUUACGGUCAAAGCUUCUGUUCUGCGUCUGGUUCAGCAUUAGCCUUACUUGCACGUAAUGUUGUCAGGCUUAUUGUUGUCGACAAAGUGACAGAUUUCAUCCUGUUCAUUGGGAAACUUGUCGUUGUUGGUGCUGUUGUCCAUUUGUAUGUUUUACUUCGUGGUGGCUGGUCUGGUCACCUGAGUGUUUUUCAUCAAUGAGUGUAAGUGACACACUUGUGAAACUGUUGUCAUACCUUUAGUGUUGAGCAUGUUUGCUACUAAGUUGGAUGAGGUUUAAUGUUCAUCACUUGGUUGUCAUCUCAUACACACUAUGAUAUUCUGGAUUAUUUAUAGAUAUAUAUUUUUUUCCUUUGGGUUCCUAGUGAAACAUAUAGCUUCAGUAGCGCGUCGACAUUUCACUCUCUUCUCUCAGGUAUUUUCAACCUGGCUCCAAAACUGCCCACAUGCUUUCAUUUAUUCCUCACACAAUCUCCCCCAUGUCACCCUCACCUCGGAUGCCCAACUCGUCGUUUCCUCUUUGGAUUCUACUCGACUGCCUGACGCGUGAUGUCCUCAAACAGUCUUCUCAGUGGAUGUCCAAUCCAAUCCAAUCCAUCUCCACUUUCCUCCUCUCCAUAUUUGUUGGGCGACUGGUUGUUGGUUGGUUGGUUGGUUGCGGGGUCAGCCAGAAUUCCUCCUUGCUUAUUCUUAUUAUUCUGGCCAUCUGUUCUCUAUCUUCAGUGUCAGUAUCGAGUGAGCGUAGACGACAGUUUUUGAUGUAUGUCUUCAGUUUGUUGGAAAUACUUUUUGUAAUGUGCCAAGUCUCUGAACCAUCACAUGGUAGCACUGACUUGACUGAAUUAGUGUUGAAAAUCCGAAUCUUGUUCAUGCUUUGUGCAGUGUAGUAGAUCUCCACAUUGAUUUUAGGUUAAUGAAGGCCGGUCUUGCUUUUUCGAUGCCGGCUUUGACGUCCUCAUCUAUGCCGCUGUCGCCUAUAGUCGAAAUUAUGCUGCCUAGGUGGUUGGUGAAAGAGAUAACAUCGUUUACAUUUCACCUGUUGAUGGUACUUGUUGUCGUUGUUGUUGGUUGGGUAUCUUGAUCACCUGUGUCUUCUCUACGUUCACCUGAAGGAAGUCCCAUCUUCCUUCGCUGCCCUGCCUCCUCUCUUCUGCCAACUUGUUGGUUUUCGCCAUUUAGGAUUGUUAUUAUUGCAUGAAUUUGUGUAGUUAUAGUUUGUUCAUCAAACAUAAUGGUCAAUCUAUUAGCCGUCUUAUUCACAUACUUGUAUGAUACACGUGUAUAUGUUCAUUAGUAAUGGUUAAGUUAGUUUACACAAUUUCAUAUCGUUCUUACUCACUAUUCAUCGCAAAUCCGCUACAACUUUCAUUUUUAUUGUUUUAUUUUCACCAAUUUUCAUAUUUCCUAACCAAUAUACAUCCUCCUCAUCUCUAAAGAAGCAUAUUAAGUAUUGUUGUCGUUGCAUGUGUUCGUUGUAUACGCAUAGUUGGAGUCAGUUAUAUAUAUACCAUCUUUUUCUUAUCAUUGCAAAAUGACAUGAUAACUUAUCAAUUAGUAUAUAGGGAUUCUUUAUGUGACAGUUUGUUUGACUUUUAUUUAGGUGGUCUAGCCUAUGUCUAUUUGGAAGGUAUCUUAUUUAAAGGAAGUGAAUAUGCCAGUGAAUUGCAACCUAAUCUACACUAUGCAUUUGUACCAUUAUGUAUUAUCAUAUUGUCAUCCUAUUUGGUUGCAUCACUAUUUUCAAGUGUUUAUGAAAUGGGUGUGGAUACAAUAUUUCUGUGCUUCUUGGAAGAUUUAGAAAGAAAUGAUGGGUCUGUUGAACGACCCUACUUUAUGAGUAAACAUCUUAUGGAGAUUUUAGGAAAACGUAAUGCUAUACGUAAAGAGAUAAGUGAUAAACCUGACUUGUGAAUUGUCGGAAUGGGAAUGAGGAUUGAGAACAUUUCUGGACUGACUUCACAAUUUAAUUUUCUUUAAUUUUUUGCGUAAAAACAUUUACGUAUAUCAUAGAAACCAGUGACAUGGUUCUAUAGUGAAAAAUGUUGUAUAAGAUUUCUACUUGGUAUAUAUAUAUAUAUAUAUAUAUAUAAACAGGCGCCUGUUUAUCUUUCUGUUUCAUUUUGUGAACUACAAAUGUUUGUAUUUCCUCUCGCUUG